AUGAGUGGAACAAAUGCGAGCACUUCUUCGGGAUCGUCGACGUCUGGGUCGACGACAACAGAGCCGUCGAUUCAGCAGAAGAAUAAUCUGCAGAGAAUCGCACUGAAGAAGCAUCAGCUGAAGACAUGGACCAGAAGUAAGAAGUUGGAGAAACUGGCCGUAUAUUCGCAGUGCAGGGCUGCGGACAACACAUGCAAAUGCAACGGUUGGAAGAACCCCAACAACAAUCCCAUCCCUCCCUCUGACAGACAUCACGACAGACACAACAACGCAGUCUCGCAGAUGACAGACCCCUGUCGUAGUUGUGGUCAUCACUUGAGCGCUCACGUGAGUCACUUGGAUGCCGUGAAAGAGGAGGAAUUGGAUCGACUGCUGGGGAUUGUAGUGGACGUGGAGAACCUGUUUAUGUGCGUUCAUAUAGAAGAGGAUACGGACACAAAACAAGUGUAUUUCUAUUUAUUUAAACUGUUGAGGAAAGCCAUUAUGAUUAUGAGUCAGCCCUCAGUGGAGGGUCCGCUCGGAAACCCUCCCUUCGAGAAGCCUUCCAUCAAAACGGGUGUCAUAAACUUCGUGUGUUUCAAAUUCAGUCACUUGUCUGAGAAGGAAUGGCAGACAAUGUAUGAUUUGGCCAAAAUGUUUCUCCAUUGCCUCAACCACUGGAAGUUAGAGACCCCUCAGGCCCGCAAACAGCACUCACCUAAUGAGGACGUGUCCGCCUAUAAGAUCAAUUACACGCGAUGGCUGUGCUAUUGUCACGUGCCUGCCUUCUGCGACAGUUUGACUCAUUUCGAGACGUCUUUAAUCUUCGGUCGAACUCUAUUGCGGUCUGUAUUCCAGACAAUGAGACGACAAUUAUUAGAUAAAUUUCGGGCCGAAAAGGACAGAAUGCCGGCCGACAAGCGAAUACUCGUUUUGACUCAUUUCCCACGAUUUCUCUCAAUGCUCGAGGAGGAGGUCUACGCAAACAACUCUCCCAUUUGGGACUCGGAUUUCAAACAGAAUAUGCCGUCGUUUGCCUCCAACUCUAAUGCCUCGAAUGCAUCCAAAAAUACUUCUAAUUCCUCCAACACAUUCACCUCAACCCUAACCCCAACCCCACCCCCAACCAACUCAUCAUCAGAAUCGCAAUCAAAGUCGUUCUUAAACGUAAGCACCGGUACGGGAGCUCUGCUCUCGUCGACGCCAUCGUUGGCCUCGUCGUCCGGGUUCACGACAUUUAACUUAAGUCCCGGUUUGACGACAUCACCGAAAAUGACAAGAAGUGAGAAACGCAUUCGUCGUAACUCUGAGGCCAACCCUGAAGUCAAAGUCGAACCGACGACUAAAAAGCCUAAGAUCUCAAUCCCCGGGGAUAUCAGUGACGACACGGUCUCGCGUGCUGUCAAUGCCAUAAACAAGACGAAGGCGGCGAUGGAGGUGACGACCGCUCUGUUGCCCGAAAUCUCGGCCAGAGAUGAGUCGGCGCGCAGUGAGGAGAAGAAAGGACUCAUUAGUUUCCAUAUCGUCUCCAAUUCGUUGAGCAAAACGGUUGACAAACAGGACUUAAUUUGGUUGAUAGGACUGCAGAACGUGUUCAGCCAUCAGUUGCCGCGAAUGCCUAAGGAGUACAUCACUCGACUGGUGUUCGACCCGAAGCACAAGACGUUGGCACUGAUCAAGGACUCGAACAAAGUGAUUGGCGGCAUAUCCUUCCGUAUGUUCCCCAACCAGGGCUUCUCGGAGAUCGUGUUCUGCGCCGUCACUUCCAACGAACAGGUCAAGGGUUACGGCACUCAUCUCAUGAACCACUUGAAGGACUACCACACCAAGCAUAAGAUCCAGCACUUCCUGACCUAUGCGGACGAGUUCGCCAUCGGGUACUUCAAGAAGCAGGGCUUCACCAAAGACAUCAAACUUCCCAAAUCCGAGUACUUGGGGUAUAUCAAGGAGUACGAGGGGGCGACCCUCAUGGAGUGCCAACUCAACCCCUCCAUCACUUACGUUCAGUUGACUUCUGUCAUCAGAAGACAGAAGGAAAUCAUUAAGAAAUUGAUUGAAGAGAAGCAGAAGAAGUUACACAAAGUGUAUCCCGGACUCAAUUGCUUCAAAGACGGCGUUAAAGAGAUCGCCAUCGAAGCCAUUCCAGGCAUCAAAGAGUUGUCCGGUUUUAAGCCCGAGAAGCGACAGCUCAAAGAAGAGGCCAACGACUCGGAGAACAGUAUGUUUAACGUGUUUAAGACUAUUCUGACGCAAGUGAAGAACCACAACAGUUCGUGGCCUUUCCUCAGACCAGUGGAGGUGUCGGAGGCGCCCGACUAUUACGACUACAUUAAGUACCCCAUGGAUAUCAAGACUAUGUCCGAGAGACUGAAAAAUAAAUAUUACGUCAAUAAACGCCUAUUUAAUGCCGAUAUGACCCGAAUAUUCCAGAAUUGCAGGGCUUAUAACAGUCCCGACACCGAGUACUACAAGUGCGCCAACACUUUGGAGCGCUUCUACAAUAAUAAGAUGAAAGAGGCCGGACUUCUCGAGAAAUAG